AUGGCAGGUGUACAUACACUAGAGGCCGCCGGCCUGGGUGCCGAUUCUACCCCCUCAGGAAUGAAGGAAGAACUUCUCCUGGCUGCGUGGCUCAUGGUGCUCUUGCGUACGAGAGAGGAUGGUCAGGCGUCCUUUGAAUGGGCCUACAAGGGCGACGAGCCCAGUCCAGCCAACCGCUGUCUGUCGACAGAGGUCAUGGCCGACUUGCGAAGCAGUGUGGGGCAGACUGCUGCUGCAAUUGCUCGCAAGAACACUACUACCCCCGAGACAGAGCCAUCGAGGUCGCUUGCGCUGCUCCUCAGCACCAGCGCGCUGUCUCAGACUACUGAAGAGCCGAACGAGGGCAUCAUCCACCUGGAAGCGCGCUAUAAUGCCAAUAAUCUCGAAAUCAAGCCCGUUUGGCACUCCGAAGUCAUUCUCCCGUAUACCCUUACCCGCCACAUCAACAGCCUCAUCGACACAGUGCAACUGGUCCUCUCGAACCCCGAUGCCACUAUUGAAGAGUGCCUGCGUCCGACCCCCAGCGACAUCUCUGACAUUUGGUCAUGGAACCACAAACUUCCCCCAGCAUACGACUUCGGCAUGCACGAAGUGAUCUCGGAACAAGCGCGCAAAACUCCCGACAAGGUCGCAAUCGACUCCUGGGACGGCAGUCUCACCUACGGCGUGAUCGAGCGGUACUCGACGUAUGUCGCGAUGAAGAUCCAGGAGAUGGGCGCGCAACCGGAAGACUUCAUCCCGGUGUGUUUCGAGAAGUCACGGUGGACCAUUGUUGCCGUGUUGGCUGUCAUGAAGGCUGGGUGCACGUUCGCGAUGAUGGACCCUACUCUCCCACUGGCUCGGCUACAGAAUAUGGCGAAGCAAGUGAAUGCACGAACAAUGAUCUGCUCGUCCAUGCAGCAGGACCUGUCGAGAGAGAUCAUCCAGGAUGGAGGGUUGUUUGUUGUGGAGGAGGGUGCAUUCCCGAAUGUUCCGCCGCUGGAAGACACCCCAGCUUUACCCAAGGUUCCCUCAACCACCAUUAUGUACUUGAUUUUCACUUCGGGAAGCACGGGGACUCCCAAGGGUGUCAAGGUGUCCCAUGGUAGCUACACGAGUAGUGCGUUCCCACGCGCCAAGGCUGUCGGGUAUGAUGAGAAUUCAAGGGUCCUCGAUUUCGCAUCGUACGCGUUCGAUGUCAGUAUUGACAGCAUGCUUCUGACGCUUGGUAACAACGGUUGCCUUUGCAUUCCGUCCGAUGAGGACCGACUGAACGAUAUCAACGGCGUUAUUCGCAAUAUGCGCGUCAACUAUGCGGGUAUCACCCCGUCCGUGGCCCGCAUCUUAGAGCCGGAUGUUAUUGCGUCGCUCAGCGGGCUGGGAUUGGGAGGUGAGGCUGCGUCGGCCCGCGAUGUGACAGUCUGGGGUCAGGAGACGAGGAUUAUCAUUGGAUACGGACCGUGUGAGUGCACUAUUGGAUGCACGGUGAAUAGCAGUGCAGCCACCGGGAGGGACUAUAUCUCCAUUGGAACUGGUAAUGGUGCGGCUAUCUGGAUUGUGAACCCUAAUGACCAUGAUGAGCUGAUGCCGGUUGGUGCGGUGGGUGAAUUGUUGGUGGAGGGUCCAAUUGUCGGCCAGGGCUACCUGAAUGAUCCCGAGAAGACGGCAGCGGCGUUUAUUGAGGACCCGAAGUGGCUGGUGGCCGGCCAUCAGGGCUACGCUGGUCGUCACGGAAGGAUGUACAAGACUGGAGAUCUCGGAAUGUAUGAUCCGGAUGGAUCUGGAGGUAUCGUUUUUGCGGGACGAAAGGAUACCCAGGUUAAGCUGCGCGGACAGCGUGUCGAACUGGGAGAGAUCGAGAGUCAGCUCAAGGCCAGACUGCCGUCAGAAGCCACGGUCAUUGCGGAGGUGAUUGUGCCACAGGGAUCCGGCGGCCAGGCGACGCUGGUCGCCUUUGUUGCCUCUCAGGCCAGUAAGGGCAUCGACAGCACUGAAGUCACCUCGGUAGAGCUUCCGGAGGAGCUGAGCAAGACACUAUCUCAGGCCGAUGCGGAGGUGAAGAAGGUAUUGCCCCGAUACAUGGUGCCUACAGCAUACAUUCCCGUCAGUCAUGUUCCGGUCUUGAUCUCCGGCAAGACGGAUCGUCGACGAUUGCGUCAGUUUGGCACCACUGUUGACCUGCGCGAGCUGGACCAGGGUGCGGCGAGCACCGCCCAUCGGGAGCUCACUGAACUGGAGCAGCGUCUGCGACAGGCCUGGAGUCAGACCUUGAAGGUUGACGCCGAGACCAUCCGGCCAGACGACAACUUCUUUGCCCUGGGUGGUGACUCUUUGGCUGCGAUGAGACUGGCAUCAGUCUGUCGGGCGCAAGGCCUGGAUCUGUCAGUCGCCAACACGUUUGGCCAUCCUACUCUGUCUGCUAUGGCCACUAAGGUCCUUAUCUGCGAUGUCGAGACCCAGACCGAGAUUCCGCCAUUCUCGUUGAUCUCCCAAGCUGCCGAAAGCGCCUGUGAGGAGGCUGCUCAAGUAUACGGGUUCGACAAAGCAGCCAUCGAGGAUAUUUAUCCCUGCACCCCAACGCAGGAGUCUCUUUUUACCUUCUCACUCAAGUCAGUCAAGGCAUAUGUUGCACAGAGACUGGCGUGCAUUCCAGCCGACGUGGAUCUCGAUGCCUGGAAGCACGCCUGGGAGGAGGUCGUCUCAGCCAUUCCAAUCCUGCGAACCCGUCUGGCUCAGCUCCAAGAACCCGGCCUGCAGCAGGUCGUCCUCAAGGAUGGAAUUACCUGGAAGCACUCGACUGAUCUAGCCCGGUACCUCGAGGAAGAUCGUGAUGAGAAGAUGAACCUCGGAGAGAAUCUUGCGCGUUAUGCUAUCAUCGAUCACCCCGCUGAUGGCAAGCGAUACAUGGUCUGGACUGUCCACCAUGUUCUCUACGAUGGCUGGUCUGAACCCAUCGUGCUGAAGAAGGUCAGCGAAGUUCUGCAGCGCCAGCAGCCCAAGGUGGAGGCUCAGAUGCGGGACUUCGUCAAAUAUGUGCGUGACACCGACGAAGCCGCUAUGGAGGAGUUCUGGCGUCGCGAACUGAAAGGCGCUGUCGGACCUCAGUUCCCGCGUCUGCCUUCGCGAGACUACCUGCCCAUCCCAGAUGGUAUGAUCGAACGGCACAUCAACUUGGAGACGAAUUCUGGGUCUCCUUUCACCAUGGCUACCCUUAUCCGGGCUGCUUGGGCACUCGUAGCGUCUCAGUACACCGGCAACGACGACGUUGUCUUUGGUGAGACGCUCACUGGUCGAGACAUUCCGCUGGCGGGUGUUGAGAGCAUUGUCGGUCCCUUGAUUGCCACAGUUCCGGUGCGGAUCCAUAUCAACCGCGCUAGCACCGUUGAAUCGUACCUCCAGGCCGUGCAGCAAGGUAUAUUGUCUCGAACUCCGUACCAGCAUAUGGGUAUGCAGAAUAUUCGUAAGGUCAGCCACGAUGCCCAGCAUGCCUGUGAAGCGCCCACCGGAUUAGUUGUGCAGCCGGAGCCCGAGUACGCGGGCAGCGAGCUUGGUUUCGAGGUUGGGGACGUGGUGCGCGAAGCCCUUCAUUUCAACCCUUACCCGCUCAUGCUGGGCUGUGGUAUCAAGAAGGGCGGCUUCCGCAUCUGCGCCAGUUUUGACAGCAGUCUCGUCGAGAUUUCGCAGAUGGAGCGCAUCCUUGCGCAGAUCGAAGUUGCUUGCUCGCAGCUGAGCCAAGGUCUCACCCGGAGGAUUGACGAGAUCUCCUGUCUCCCAGAGGCUGAAUUGAAUCAGAUCUGGCAAUGGAACCAAAUGGCCCCGCUGUCCUUGAAUGAUUCCUCAAAGAGACUUCGCGCCGAAGAUGGCAUCAAGGAAGGGUCUAAGUACCCUCCUGCUGUGGUUCCCUGGGUUUGUGAUGCACGCAACCCAUCCCUCCUCUCACCUAUUGGCUGCGUUGGUGAGCUCUGGCUGGAAGGAGCUAUUCUUGCUGGCGAGACGGUAGACUCCCCUGCGUGGCUUGUGUCGGGUAGUUCUGGGUACCCUGGUCGUACUGGACGGGUGCAGGCUACAGGAGACCUGGUUCAGUGGCGCGAGGAUAGUAGCCUGGUGUUUGUGGGUCGAAAGGAGAAUGUCGUGUCUGUAAAGGGACACGCUGUGAAUGUUGCGGAGGUUGAAGCCCAGUUCACCAAAAAUCUUCCUUCCACUGUUCGUGCUGCUGCGGCCGUGUCCCAGCCAUCGUCUGAGCUGGAGCCCGAGUUGGUUGUCUUCAUCGAGCAGCCAACUUCCAUCCAAGAUGGUCUGGAACUACUGCCUACACAACAGGAAAUCCGCUGCGAUGCGGACUCCCAAAGCUUUGAGGCAACUGUCUGUGCCUCGAUCUCCGUCAGCUUGGCCGUGGCAUUGAAGAAGCUCGACAAGUUCAUCCACGACUCACUCCCAUCCUACAUGGCGCCCUUUGCCUACAUUGUGGUGGACCGGGUGCCCAACCAUAACAUCCUCAACCAACUCGCCUCUAGCAUUCCGCGCGACAUGCUCGUUCAACUGAGGGAUGCCUUCAAGCAGGCAUUGGCCAAGGCCGCCGCGCAGACCAACCUGACACCUUCCGAGGCCAUCCUCCGGUCCGCCUGGGCCGCCAUCCUCAAGCUCAGUCCCGAACAAAUCGACGUUGAUGACAACUUCUUCCGCCUUGGCGGUGACUCUGUUCUUGCUAUGAAGCUUGUGUCCAGCCUGCGUGCCCAAGGACACGGUCUGACCGUGGCCGACAUCUUCCAGCGCAUGCGUCUCGGGGAUGCUGCCAAGGCGCUGCGGGUCGAUGUUGUAUCAAAGGAAGAGAAGGUCCAGCCUUACCGUUCCUUCUCGACUAUUGGCCAGCAAGAUAACCUGGAGCCCUUCUUGUCUGAGGUGAUCCGUCCCAAGCUGGCGAACCCUGAGUGGUCUAUUCGCGACGUCCUCCCAGUCACCGACAUCCAAGCCCUCGAUGUCCGCGGCACUGUCCAGGCACCGCGCACUUCCAUCCAAUACACCAUGUUAUACUUCGACCAGGACAUCAACCGCGAACAACUGCACCGGGCCUGCCACGAGCUCGUCAGGGCACACGACAUCCUGCGCACCGUCUUCGUCGAGCACGGCUCCAGCUUCGUCCAAGUUGUUCUCGAUGAUAUCACAGCCCCCAUGGCGAUUCACGAAACCACAUCCACUCUCGAAGACGAAGUCAACUCGCUCUGUAAGACACACUCCGAGACUGCCUUCCAGCUUGGCUCCUCUUUCACCCAAUUCCUUCAUAUCGAACACACCCCGACCCAGCAAUUCUGCCUCAUCCUCGGUCUGUCUCACGCCCAAUACGACGGCGUCUCUCUGCCCUUGCUCCUCCGCGACCUCGAAACCCUCUACACAUCCGGCCAAAUCCCCACCCCGACUCCCUUCUCCUCCUACAUCUCACACACCCUCUCGCCGACUCCUCAGACCAAAGCCCUCACCUACUGGAAGAACCUCCUUCAAGGAUCUACCCCUUCCAUUCUCCCAAAUCAACAACAAGCCCAACACCAAGGCUCAAGAUCCAUUUUCCACACCGCUCCCAUCCCCCUUCCCUUCCCCUUCAACCUCGAAGGAAUCACUACCGCCACCCUCCUCACCUCCUCCUGGGCGCUCCUCCUCGCCCGCCGUCUCCAAACCCAAGACAUUACCUUCGCGACCGUCACCUCGGGCCGAACCCUCUCUUCCCUCCCCAGCCCAGAUUCUAUCGUCGGCUCCUGCUACCAGCUCACGCCCACCCGGGUCCAAAUCCAACCCAGCUGGCAGGCAAUGGACUUCCUGCGCGCCGUGCAAUCGCAGGCUGCGGAAUCUGCAGAGUAUGAUUUCCUGGGUCUAGACAAGAUUGGCAAUGCUCUGAACUGGGACAAGAGUGUUGGGUCUGUGGUUCAUCACCAGGACUGGGAUGAUUUCGAUGAGAUGCCUUUUGCGGGAGGCAAGUGCAAGGUUGAUAUAUUGAAUCCGGAUGGUGAUGCGGCCGACCCGAUGAAGGUUGUUUCAUUUGUUAAGGAAGGUGUCAUGCAUGUUGGUGUUGUAGGUUGGGAGGGAGAGGAAACUGUUGUGGAUGAGGUUUUGAAUGAGUUGGUUGGUGUUGUUGGGGAAUUGGUUGGUGGCGGUGAGGUGAGGGUUUGAUUGUCUGACUUUUUUGUUAUUUGCGUAUGUUUGAAUGUUGCAUAUAUCAUUUGGAUAGAAAUUUGAG